AUGCCUUUGAAGCGAGCGAGAUCGCUACUUCGUGCGUUGUUCCCAUCAGCUCUUCCCUGUCAUCCUAUAUAUGGGUGCACAAGCUCUCGUAAACUCUACAACCUCGCCAAGAAGGAGAGGAUGGGUUUACUGUCAGACGACCGCCCGGCCCCCGACCACCGUGCGUCAACUGCUGCUGGAAGGUCCAGCCGCGACCGUAAACGCUCUAGGACCAUUUCCACGCCUCAUGUCAAGUCUGCCGAGGGCGCCAGCAAGAAGCAACUGUCUUCUUUGUCAAACGACGGUCUGAUGGACCCCGGCAACCACCUGGAGGGCAUCAAGCUCGAGGCCACUACCUCAGUCAUCAAAUACUGCCGCGAGACCUAUGAAAAUGGGACGACGUCCCCUAAGUUUAUGUUGAGCAUCGCCAGGUCGAAAAUGAAGGCCCUCCGCAUUGAAAUCAACCACCUCAACGAGAAGAAAAAGGCGCUUGAGGACGAGCUGCAGAAUCUGACGGCCGAGGAAGAAGAGCAUGAGAAGGCCAUCGAGGAGGCGGCGAUCAAGUUCAACAAGACUAUGCAAGGUCUGGUUGAUGUACUCAAGGAGGAGUGA